UGAGGUUUACCGCCGUGGGUCACCUGAUUUGUUGUGUUGCUGUUAAAGAGAAAAAAAAAGAUGGCUGCCCACCUGUCGUACGGAAGAGUUAAUUUAAACAUUUUGAGAGAAGCAGCACGAAAGGAGCUUCGGGAGUUUUUGGAUAAAUGUGCGGGGAGCAAGGCCAUAGUUUGGGAUGAAUACCUGACGGGACCGUUUGGGAUGAUAGCUCAGUACUCUCUGCUGAAGGAACAUGAAGUGGAAAAGAUGUUCACCCUCAAGAGCGGCAGGCUCCCCUCUGCUGACGUCAAAAAUAUCAUCUUCUUUGUUCGUCCCAGGCUGGAGCUCAUGGACAUCAUUGCUGAGAAUGUAUUCAGUGAGGACAAGUUGCAUUCGUCACGAGACUUCCACAUUUUGUUUGUGCCUCGGCGGAGCAUGCUGUGUGAACAGCGGCUGAAGGAGCAGGGCGUGCUGGGCUCUUUCAUCAACAUUGACGAGUAUAUCCUGGACCUGAUUCCCUAUGAUGGUGACCUGCUCUCCAUGGAGUAUGAAAGUGCUUUCAGGGAGUGCUACUUAGAAAAUGACCAAACAAGCCUUUACCACACAGCCAAAGGCCUCAUGACCUUACAGGCACUGUAUGGCACCAUUCCACAGAUAUAUGGGAAAGGAGAAUGUGCACGGCAUGUUGCCAACAUGAUGCUGAGGAUGAAGAGGGAGUUUGCCGGAAGUCAGAAUCAGAUCCUGCCCGUGUUCGAUACUCUGCUCCUCCUGGACCGUAAUGUUGACCUGCUCACCCCGCUGGCCACACAGCUCACCUAUGAGGGUCUCAUUGACGAGAUCUAUGGAAUCAAUAACGGUUAUGUAAAGUUGCCUCCUGAGAAGUUUGCACAGAAGAAACAAGGUGAGGCGAGUAAAGAUCUACCCACAGAGGCCAAGAAGUUACAGCUCAACUCAGCAGAGGAACUGUAUGCAGAAAUACGGGACAAAAACUUCAACGCAGUUGGAGCAGCGCUCAGCAAGAAGGCCAAAAUCAUUUCAGCUGCCUUUGAGGAACGCCACAAUGCCAAAACAGUGGGAGAAAUAAAGCAGUUUGUGUCUCAGUUGCCUCACAUGCAGGCAGCACGAAGCUCGCUGGCUAACCACACGUCUAUAGCCGAGCUGAUCAAGGACAUCACCACAUCUGAAGCCUUCUUUGAUAAUCUAACAGUGGAGCAGGAGUUUAUGACCGGAGUCGACACAGACAAGGUGAACACAUAUAUAGAAGACUCCAUCGCUCAAAAGGAUCCACUGAUCAAGAUCCUGCGUCUGGUGUGUAUGCAGUCGGUCUGCAACAACGGCCUCAAGCAGAAGGUGUUCGACUACUACAAGAGGGAGAUUCUCCAGACCUAUGGUUAUGAACACAUGCUAACAUUGAACAACCUAGAGAAGGCGGGUCUGUUGAAGCCACAGACAAGCUCAAGAAACAACUACCCCACUAUUAGGAAGACCCUUAAACUGUGGAUGGAGGACGCCAAUGAACAGAACCCCAACGACAUCUCCUACGUUUACAGCGGCUAUGCUCCUCUCAGCAUCCGGCUGACCCAGGUCUUGGCCAGGCCCGGGUGGCGUAGCAUCGAAGAGGUGCUGAAGAUGCUACCAGGUCCACACUUCGAGGAGAGACAGCAGCUGCCUUCUGGGCUUCAUAAGAAACGCCAACAGGGGGAGAACCGGACAACGCUGGUGUUCUUUCUCGGUGGAGUGUCGUAUGCGGAGAUAGCCGCUCUCCGGUUCCUCUCUCAAAUGGAAGACAGCGGGAUGGAGUAUAUUAUAGCCACCACGAAACUCAUAAACGGUACAACAUGGAUCAAAUCCCUCAUGGACCGGCCUGAAUCCCAGACCCCCUGAGUCACCUGCAUGCACACCUGGCCACAUCAAACACCCCAUCCAUCAGAAAAAACCUCAGCUGCUGUUUUAUGUCCGUGUCAGUGUACUGCAGGUGUUUCAUUGAUGUUUGUGCUGGUUUAAACAGCAACAGGCUAUUUAAAGGUGCCCAGUGGAGUUGUCUUGUAAACAAAGUCAUGUUUCCAUUCAGUGUUACUGACCAAAAUGCGUUGUGUGAAUCCCUGAUGCCUGAUAUGAAUGAAUUUCCUUCUUCAUAACAUUUGCGAAACCUUGUUUUUUUUUAUAUAUAAUUUGAAUUGUGCAUUAGUAUAUCCAUGUUUUCUUACUUGCCUUUGGUUUUGCUUUCCUACACAACUACAAUUUACAACAGACAUAACACAUAUGUACAUAUACAUACAUUCAAUUAAAAUUCAAAACCUUUAUUUAAGUCUCGAGAAUCAUUGAGGUUUUCCUCAUUUACAGUGAUGUUGAGAAACGGAGAAAUAUGAGUUAAAACUAUUUAAAUAAAAAAAGCUAUAUGCAAUUGUAAUACAAAAACAAAUCAGUUCAAAUGAGAAACAUUCCUACAGGUGCUGCACGGUAGCUCACCUGGUAGAGUGUGCGCCCCAUGUAGGUUAAGAUCUUGCUGCAGCAGCCUGGGUUCGAUUCCAACCUGUUGCCCUUUGCUGCAUGUUGUCCACCUCUCUCUACCCUAUCCUGUCUAUCAAAUAAAGGCAUAAAAAACCCAAAGAUAGCUUUAAAAAAAAUAAAGAAACACUACAACCGCCGACUAUGCAUCAUCUGCGGCCUCGUGUGUGCAUGAUACAAACAAAACAUUGCUCCGUAGUGCUUCUAGUGGUCAGAAACUCCACAGGGUACCUUUCAUUUUAUUUGAGUCCUUGAUUUUGCACCCAGACAAUAUAAUAUAAAACUGGUUUAAUGCUUCUGUUUAUCCUGCAUCCUUUUGUCCUCUGGCUCUAUUUCCAUCACUGAGGCUCUGCUGUAUAUAUAUGUAUGUAUGAUUAAAAUCUUUGGGAUGUUUGCGAUGUCAUGUAUAAGAUGAUUAAAGAUGCACUUAUACCAUUUUUUGAAGGCUUUUGUAGGCAGUGUUUGCUGGGAGAUAAAUAAGCAAAUAAAACUCUGCAACUGAAAUUACUCUGCCAUGUGGGAAGCCAUUUUGUGUAUUGUUUGGGAGAUUAUUUUCAGGCAGACAAGUAGAUUGUGAUCAGGGAGAGCAGAUGAGAGGCAGGGAUGGGAGUGUAUCCGUCAGCAGUGGUCCAGCUCUCUGAAGAAGCAAUUAGCGCCGUAACAGGCCUCCCGAUCAGCCGGUAAUGACCCUGUGCUGUCUGGAGAGCUCAGCCCACGGCAGCCCAUGAUGUGACAGCACAGGACACUGAUUGAAUUAGGAGGCCAUUUGCUCCAUGUUCCGGUAGAGGAUAACUGUGCUGCGGGAGGGUGUUUGAUCUCUGUUUCAGUCAAUACCUUCUCCGUGCCUUACACUAUGAACACAGGGAGACCUGCUGACAGCACUCUGAUAUUUUGGUGAGCUAGCUUGGCAGGUGCACUGAAGACUUAAACUCCCAUUAGAUCAACCCCAGGGGAUUCAGAUCCUUGUGAUCAGUUAUUGCUUUUGGCUCCUCCUCUGCCUUAAGGGCUUGAAACGCUCAAGGCAGCACACACCAACUUGGACUUCAGGGCUGGAAGCACAGGAGCCCACUUGCUCAUCAGCUCCUGUCCUCCUCCAACAACACCAAGAAUGGGUCGAGGUGAGAACAUGGGACACCUGACUCAGGCCGGUCGCAGUCAGAAGACCCAGCAGGAGCCUCUGGAUGUGGAGCCCUUGUCAAUCCGCUUCCUCCGGACAUUCAGGGAAAUCCUCAAAUUUGUUCUCUUCAGCUACACGGUGCUGUUUGGUGCUUUGCUCCUCGCCAGGUGGACCACCUAUUUUAUGGUGGGAAAGUAAAAAAGCAACGACGGUCGAAGAUUGAGCCUGUUCUCUCUGACUCGGAGCUCAUUAAUGAAGCUGAUCAGGCAGACCUCCAUGGGAUUUGUGGUCUAUGCAAAAUCAUUAAUGUCUCCUCACACAACAAUAACAGCUGGAGCGAUCAUGUUUGUUUCCUUAUUUGACUCACAGUCUGCAGUAGAGCUCACGGCUUUUUGUGCAGUUUAUUUUUGAAUAAUCAACAGGACGUUGCAGGCAUGUAGAGCGACUCUACUCACUUAAACAAGCCAGCUUGCAUCCGAUGUGUUUGUUGACAGUUGCUUAAAUGUGCAAUCUAGAAACUGUGAUAUCUGCUGAGCUGCAAAAUGACCACAAUGAAGCUAUAAAAUGUGUGUAUAGUGUAUUCUUGAUUGAUAAAAGCUUUAAAGCUG